AUGAAGACGAUUAUUUUUAUCUUUGCCUUUUGCCUCGUUGGUAUUCUGGCAGUUUCGGAAGAAUCAAUAACUAAGCUACGUAAAAUAGAAUCGGUUUGUGCCGAAGAAAAUGGUAUUGAUCUACAGAAAGCAGACGACGUUAAGAAGGGUAUUUUUGAUAAAAAUGAUGAAAAAUUGGCUUGUUAUGUUGAUUGCAUGCUGAAAAAAGUCGGAUUUGUUAACGCAGACACAACUUUCAAUGAAGAAAAAUUCAGAGAAAGGACAACAAAAUUAGACAGUGAACAGGUCAAUCGAUUAGUUAACAAUUGUAAAGAUAUCACUGAAUCCAAUUCGUGUAAGAAAUCUAGUAAAUUACUGCAGUGUUUCAUAGACAACAAUCUGAUGAAGAUAUUUGAAUAAUAGUUUAAUUAAUAAUUCAUGUACUGCCAAUUUU